CAAACAACAGAGUUCGUCAACCCCAACACAGCUAUCUGGUGAUCCACCAGGCCCUACGUCUUGUCCAUUACACAAAUCGAGUGCAUUGCGCAUUGCAGCCAUGUCUGAACAACCUUACGACCCUUAUAUUCCGUCUGGUUCCAACGGACCCAGCACUACUGCUGCGCAAAAUGGCGACCCCCGGACAAGGGAAAUCGACAAGAAAAUCCAGGAAACUGUCGACACGAUGCGUUCGAACAUCUUCAAGGUCUCGGAGCGCGGCGAACGUCUGGACUCGCUCCAGGACAAGACCGAUAAUCUGGCUGUAUCAGCCCAGGGCUUCCGCCGUGGCGCCAAUCGCGUGAGGAAACAGAUGUGGUGGAAGGACAUGAAGAUGCGCGUAUGCUUGAUUAUCUGCGUCAUUCUUUUGCUUGUAGUGAUUAUUGUGCCUACUGUGGUCACCACCAGAAAAUAAGUUACGAACGCAGCGACCGUCAUGAUUGUCUUGGGAAUGGAUGACGUUUUUCUUUUUCACUUGGUCCUGGUUUAUCUGUGUUGUGCCCGUGAAGCUUUUGUUUCCAGCUAC